CGGCGGGCGGCGCCUCCCCGAGUGGCCCGCAGUGGCCGGCCCCGCGCGAGAGAGGCUAAAGCAGAAGUCCAUAGGAUGGAGGACAUACUAAAGACAUGGCUGAGAAGCACAGCAUCAAGAUUGUGUCAGGUGUGGACCUGCUAGGAGUACACAUACUUACACCUGUGUCCUCAGAUGCCAGAGGGCAUGGAUCUGACUACCUCUGGUCGAAGGAAAGAUAACAAGUUGUACUAGUACAGCCGUAUAAAUAAUUCCUGAAGUCUCAGUGUAACAUGGACAUUAGCAGUGAUGACAUAUAAAUGCAGAUGCUUGGGAAUUAAGUACUAGGCGAAACACUUCAAAAGAGAGGCGUGUAAGAGGUUCUAGUAUUCUCCGAGGCUGAAGCUGAGAGCCUGAUGCCUAAGCUCUAUUGUAGAUCCUAGCUCCAUCUCCUUCAGGAUAUAAGGAAAAGAAGUAACAUUUCCACAAUGAUAGAUCUUUGGUUGUACAGGUUUCCCAAUGAGUGGAUCAUGAUGACCGUAUGGUAGGGACUUGCCAUAGUAUGGCUGCUUCCCGAUCUACUCGUGUUACAAGAUCAACAGUGGGGUUAAACGGCUUGGAUGAAUCUUUUUGUGGUAGAACUUUAAGGAAUCGUAGCAUUGCUCACCCAGAAGAAAUCUCUUCUCAUGCUCAAGUACGAUCAAGAUCACCAAAGAAGAGACCAGAGCCCGUGCCAGUUCAGAAAGGAAAUAAUAACGGAAGAACUUCAGAUGUAAAACAGCAGAGUGCUCGAGAAUCAUGGGUAAGCCCUAGGAAAAGAAGACUUUCUUCUUCAGAAAAGGAUGACCUAGAAAGGCAGGCCCUAGAGAGUUGUGAGAGAAGGCAGACAGAGACAGCACCGCCAGUGCUAAAGAACAUUAAACGCUGUCUUAGAGGUGAAGCCACAAACAGUUCAGAAGAAGACUCACCUGUAAAACCAGACAAGGAGCCGGUAGAACACAGGAGGACAGUAGUGGACCAUGAUGCAGAGUUUCAAGGGACUAAGCGAGCUUGUCGAUGUCUUAUAUUGGAUGAUUGUGAGAAAAGGGAAGUUAAAAAGGUGACUGUCAGUGAGGAAGGGCCGCUUACGGCUGCAGUAGAAGAACUCACAGGCUAUUUGACUGUCAAUGGUGUUGAUGACAGUGACUCAGCUGUUACAAACUGUGAUGACUGUCAGCCUGAUGGGAACAUUAAACAGAAUAGCACUGGUUCCUAUGUGUUGCAGGAAACAUCAGUAGAAACCCAGACUUCAAUGUUCUUUGGUAGUAGGAAGGAGGACAGCUGUAUAGACCAUAUCGUGCCUUGCACAAAGUCAGAUGUGCAGGUCAAGUUGGAGGACCACAAACUAGUAACUGCCUGCCUGCCUGUGCAACAUCGGAAUCAGCUGACUGCUGAGCCAGCUUCAGUCCCUGUUUCUGAAAUUCAGUCAUCCUUGAGAGAUUCUGAGGAGGAAGUAGAUGUGGUGGGAGAUAGCAGUGCCUCAAAAGAGCAGUGUAAUGAAAAUAGCAGUAACCGUCUGCACACAGACUCCGAAAGCACGCCAGUCUCUGGAGAGCCAGAAGCGUCUUCUAUGCUAGACUGUGCUUCAGCGCAAAUGACGUCUUUAUCAGAACCUCAAGAACAUCGUUACACCCUGAGAACCUCCCCUCGAAGGGCGGCCCCAGCCAGAGGUAGUCCCACUAAAAACACUUCUCCUUACAGAGAAAAUGGACAGUUUGAGGAGAGUAAUCUCAGUCCCAGUGAAACAAAUACAACUGUUAGUGAUAAUGUACGUGAGUCUCCCACGAAUGGUGUUGAAAUUUCUCAAAAUGAAAAGGUUCUGUGUUGUGACUCUCAGAACUGUGGAAGUGAAGGAGUAAGUAAGCCACCAUCAGAGGCCAGAGAGAAUACUGGACAACUGCCAUCUGCCAAAGAGAAUGCCGGCCAGCACACUGCCGAAGAGGAAGAUGAUGACCCUGAUGUGUAUUACUUUGAGUCAGACCAUGUGGCACUGAAACACAACAAAGAUUAUCAGAGACUGCUACAGACCAUUGCUGUACUUGAGGCUCAGCGCUCUCAAGCAGUACGAGACCUGGAAAGCUUAGGCAAACACCAGAGAGAAGCGCUAAAAAAUCCAAUUGGAUUUGUGGAGAAACUUCAGAAGAAGGCCGAUAUAGGGCUUCCAUACCCACAGAGAGUUGUCCAGUUGCCUGAGAUUGUGUGGGACCAGUAUACCAAUAGUCUUGGGAACUUUGAAAGAGAAUUUAAAAAUCGCAAAAGACAUACGAGGAGAGUUAAGUUAGUUUUUGAUAAAGUAGGCUUGCCUGCUAGACCAAAAAGUCCUUUGGACCCCAAGAAGGAAGGUGAGCCCCUCUCGUACUCCAUGUUGCCUUUGAGUGAUGGUCCAGAAGGCUCCCAUAACCGUCCUCAGAUGAUAAGAGGUCGCCUAUGUGAUGACACCAAACCUGAAACAUUCAACCAGCUAUGGACUGUUGAAGAACAGAAAAAACUUGAACAACUACUCCUGAAGUACCCUCCUGAAGAAGUAGAGUCUCGGCGGUGGCAGAAGAUCGCAGAUGAGCUGGGCAAUCGGACAGCCAAACAGGUCGCCAGUCGUGUACAGAAGUAUUUCAUAAAGCUAACUAAAGCUGGCAUUCCAGUUCCAGGCCGAACACCUAACUUAUAUAUAUACUCCAGAAAGUCCUCAACAAGCAGACGACAGCACCCCCUUAAUAAGCACCUCUUUAAACCUUCCACUUUCAUGACUUCGCAUGAACCACCAGUGUAUAUGGAUGAGGAUGAUGACCGGUCCUGUUUCCACAGCCACAUGAGCACUGUUGCUGAGGAGGCGUCGGAUGAAGAAAGCAUUCCUAUCAUGUAUAGGAGUUUACCUGAAUAUAAAGAACUAUUACAGUUUAAAAAGUUAAAAAAGCAGAAACUUCAACAAAUGCAAGCAGAAAGUGGGUUUGUGCAACAUGUGGGCUUUAAGUGUGAUAACUGUGGUGUAGAACCUAUCCAGGGGGUCCGGUGGCACUGCCAGGAUUGUCCUCCAGAAAUGUCUUUGGAUUUCUGUGACUCUUGUUCAGACUGCCCUCAUGAAACAGAUAUUCACAAGGAAGAUCACCAGUUAGAACCUGUUUAUAAGUCAGAGACAUUCUUAGACAGAGACUACUGUGUGUCCCAAGGCACCAGUUAUAGUUACCUGGACCCCAACUACUUCCCAGCCAACAGAUGACAUGGAAGAGUGUCGCCACUAAUCCUGGUCAACACCGCAGUGACGUCAUUGUUGGUGGUGUGCACAGUCUGCACACUCGCAGCGUGAGCGCUCCCCGAGUGUUCUCCUCAAGUACAGCUCUGCACCGGGUGCUGUGGAUGAGCAGCUGAGCAUUCCUGCUGAGCUGAGCGUUUUCCGCUGAGGUUUUCACCACCACCUCAAAGCCCUGUGGGUGGUGGGCCUAAGUGGGUGAGAUGGGAACGAGAGCUCGCAUUAAUGCCAGAGUGAAUUCCAAAGGCUUUAAAGACCUCGGUCACACAUGAUAAUGACAGACAAAGUAUUUAUAUUAAAUCAGUUUAGUAGCUUUCAGUUUGUGAAGAUAGUUUUCAGCGCAGACCAGACUUACAAAGUUUUAACCAAUGAUGGUGUUUGCUUCUAGGAUGUGUACUCUAAAGAGCUCACUGUCCGGUGGCCACUCGUGGCCUUCAGGGGACAGGAGCUGCUUAGCAGUUUGGUACCUAACUUUUAAUCACGAUGAACUGUCCUUACUAAGAGCAAAGCACGAGGUAGCUGUGACUUUGCUUCUUUAACCAGCUCAAGGGGUGUGAAUGUCAUAAAGUUGUCACGCAGAUAUAUUUUUUAAAUGUCAUGUUAUAUAAGAUGAUCAUGUGAUGUGUACAGACUAUGGUGAACCGUGCCAGUGGUAGUGACUGUGUAAACUCUGAUUCCCAACAUUAAUCCCUUUAAAAUACACAGCCUUCUGCCUCUGUAUUUCGAGUUGUCAGUGCAACUCGUCAAAGAAAACUGCCUAAUAUAAAAAUCAGAUAUAUGGUGAUAAUUUUUCCUCUUUUGUAGUCUGCACAAAAUCCAUAAAAGAUUGUAUUUUUAUUACUAUUUAACGAGUGAUUAAAUGUAGUCUGCACAGUGAGCAGAGUUCACAAGCAUUCUUUUAUACUGCUGGAUUUUGUUGUCCAUCAUUUAAAACAUUUUGUAUGUUUCUUAUCUGUGUACACAGUAUGUUCUUGAAUAAUUUUCAUUUGUCAGGAGAACUGUGAGAAAUAAAGUAUGUGGAUAUGUUUGUUUAUAUUAUAGAACACUUGUUGUGGCUUCCUUUGGGUCAAAUUUGGAUUUUUUUUUUUCUUCAAGUGUUAAAGUAGAAUUUAUUAUUUAAAAGUUUGUUUUCCAUCUGUAUUUGUUUUCUGUUCUUUAUGAAGGGUGAAGAUGUAUUGUGGAAGAGUGUGAUCACAGCUUGAGACCUGUUAAAGGUGUUAGUGUUCUUAUCUAGUGUGCUGAAACACUGCACAUUAGGGAUGCUGACCAAUGUCCAGAUGUGGAACCUAAAUAUAUGUCGAAAUUUUUAUUCUAGUAGGUUUUUUUUUCUUAAUUAAGUUCCCAUGUAUUGAAACAGUUGAUUUCCAAAAAUUAUCAACGAAGAAAAGAUAGUAUAUUCGAUGGUAAGUUGAGUACUGAUACUUGUCAAGUUUUAUCUUUGCUUUUCUGUUUUUACGUUCAGGGAACAUUAUUUACUAAUUCUCUUCAGUACUCAGCAAGGUAUUAAAAUCUACCCUGAACUUUUUGAUUAAGAAAGAUAUAGAAUUUUAAGUAUGGAAAAGAGAAAUGUAAGUAAUAUAUUGAUUAUCGCUGGUCAUAUUGAUGCAGUCUACUGUUACAGAAAGAAAAGCCAGCAGGCCUUUAUCUCUGGGCUGCGAGUGAAGGAACAACAGUCAAACUGCAAGGUGCCAGGGUCUUCCCUCAUGCAUAGCAUGCAGACAGUUUUGGAGAGCAGGUCAGAUCCAAACAUCCCGUAAAGGUGAAAUACACCCUGGAAGGGGAAGUGAGGGUUGUGAUUGUGGGGUCCCAGCAGAGCAGACAGACACACUUGAAGGCAAAGAUUUUGAGACUGAGUUAGUAAUGUGGGUUUUCCCUGUAUGAACAGAAGAUGUGUUUGUUUUGGAUUUUGGAUUUUUCGGCUCUGAGCACAUCAUCGCCAUGGCUUGGUGGGAAUGUUUUUCUUGUGUUUUUACUUGAGGGUUGCAGAAGUGGGCAGGCUUAUUCUUUACACAAGGAGACCUUCCAUCUCUCUACCAAGGAGUACUGAUUGCUGACAGGCUGCUGAUAGCUAUGCUUGAGAAGCAGUGUUAGUGUUUUCGUGCUUCAGGUACGAUGCUCAAGUUGUUCGCUACCGUAGAAGGAAUGCUUAAUAACACCAGAAGCCACUGCUCUAAGGUUAGGGAGAGAAGAGCUUCCCUUUAAUAUGAUGCCCCGCUAGUAAAUGCUCAUGUGGCCUCUGCUGCACACAAGCCAGCAGGUGGCGACUCCUUGGAUUCUCAACCCAGUGAAGCAAGUUCCUUGAGUGCCCUGUUCUCAUGAGCACUACCCAGAACAAAGUUAACUGACUCUCCCAGGUCAUAUUGUUAGUGAGGUGAUGAGACUUGUCUCUGAGCAGGGCUGUUCCCUUUGUCGCGCCUGGUUUCCCCAGCAAGAGCACCGCUGCUGUGAGGCAGUCUGGUUUCUCGUGCUCUUUUCUCAUGCAUUGCUAGAAUACAAACCUGGGGCCUGACUCACAGGGGCCCACGCACCUCUCCAUUGCCUCUCACCCGACCCCUGGUUUUCCUUGGCUCUUCGCCACUCUCACGUCCAUCAGAUCACAGAAAAGUUUACUGAGGUGGUAGGACCAUUUUUAAAGGCUGACAGGUAGAUGAUGGCGCAGUGCUGUAAUAGAUGUCUUGUUCUGUAAAAGUUCCCUUAAAUAGCUGUGUAAAUCUGGAUAACCAGGUUUACAACCGGCUGUUCUGGAUGUACUGGAGGAAACAGCUCGUUUCCAUUGCAUUACCCUUUUUAAACCCUUUUAAACUGUAGAGUUUUAGUUUUCAUAUGAUCCCACAGUUUAUCCAUCUGUUAAAUGGGUUGAUUUGUGAGUUGUGUCAUGUUAAGCUUCAUGAGAGCAGUUUAUGUGUGUGUCUCUAGGCGCUGACUUUUUAACAGACUCUAUAUAACUAUUUGCUGGUUGCGUGACCCAGUGUUUGGUAAGUUACACUCUUUCUGUAGAGGGUGGUGGGGCCCAGUACAUGACAUGCCAUGACUCUUGGAAAGCCUGUUGCAGGAGGCCCCUUGGCGUGUCUUCAUGGACAGCCUUGGCAUCCAGCUUUACUUGUAGGGCGUGCUUAGCCAGAUCAUGCAUCGUGGCUGGCACUCAGUCAUAUUUGCAGUGACGUUUUGGGUCCUGGUCCCUGUUGGGGAAGUGAAGCGGUUCCAGGAACUAGUUGCUGAUUUGCAGCAUUGCUAAUUGUAUAUGGGGGAACAGUGAAGACACUGAGACUUAAAGCAUGUGAUUUCUCAGUAGUAACAGAUGUGUGGGGACGCCUGCAAUAGAAAAUCCAGGCUUUUGUGGAGCUUAUAGACUAACAGAAGGCAGCAAUGUACAAAUAAACCUCUAAUUCCCUAAUUAAGUAAGAUAAUUUCUGAAGAAAAAUGAAAUAAAACAGGAGUCUGAGGAACUGUGUCGUUUUAGAUUGAAUGGGCUGAGCAUGUGGAUCCUCUGUAGGGAAGAGGCAAGAGGAUGCCAGUGGUAAGGCCUUGGGUCUCCUCAAGCAGCUUUGAAGACCGGCAGUGUGGCUUGAGACAAAUGAAUGAGAGGAAGGGUCCAGGUGAUGGCAUUGGGGAGGGCACAGUACCAGGUCAGGUGCAGCCUUGAGCAUGGGUCAUAGCCAGGCAGUUUGCAUUUGUCUUACACAGCGGUUUGCUAGGCAGAAACUGCUAAGGUCCACUCUUUUUAAAAUCUGUGACUUUGUGCUAUCACUUGGAGCCAUUCACACGAGCAGUUGUGUGCUCCGCUGCUCUGUAGAAAGCUGAUUUGCAUUCCCAGGUACUGCUUUCUGCUGAGGUUUUCCAAAGUAGCUGCCAGCUACCUUGUGGAGUCCCAGCUGGCUCCCCUGCCUGCUGCCUUGUUUCCUCACAUGGAGCUGUGGGCGCAGUGUUUGCCAGGGUGUGUGUGUGUAUGUUUGGAGACUCUUAACUCCUACAAAGUCACUUGCUUAAGUUUUCAUCCUGUAACAGCACUUCUCAUCUUGCUCAGAUACUCAGAUACUUCCCUGUCAAGUGUAACAGCUUGGGGUAGUGUAAGCAUUUGACAGCUGUGUGAGUUUGGGAACAUAACGCACCCUUUCUGCUAGUAAAGGCCUAAUUGUAACCAAAGAAACUUAAUUUCUUGUCUAGCACACACUGAUAUUUCUGUUUAGGAACCAGUGCUAGAGAAAAAGAAAUUUGAAACGGACCAUGUAUCAUGAAUACAUUAACAAUUUCUCUGUAAUAGCUCAGAUCUGAUCUAUGGCCAAAGUUCAAAUCAUAUAAGUGGAUCAUAAUUUUAAA